GUCAGUGUCUCUGUGUGUGUGGGGGGGGGGGGGUCGCCAAUUGUCCGACCCCCCCUCUAGCCCCCUAUUGACGGCGGGCGGGCGGGGACGGACACGCGCUGCUCGCGCCCGCUGGUCAUUCCCGCCCGAAGCGGCGACGUCGACGGCGGCUUCUCCUCCUCCUCCUCCCCCUCAGAUGACGUGGCCAGAGGGGUCUCAGUGGAGAAGACCCUGCCCUACGUUGGGUCGCUGAUGGAGGGGGAGAGGGCAACUCUACAAACCCGGGGAGGUCUCGCCAAGAGGAAGCUGACCUUCACCUUUCCCCGCGAGUGCCCGGACGGCCGCAACAUUGUCAUCAUCUGCCGGUACGUGGGGCAGAGGAAGAGCGACCCUCCCGACUUGCGACCCGGCACCAACUUCAAACAACUUCUCCGCCAGGCCGACGCGCUGCAGAGAAUGGAGGACGCGUACGCCAAGUGUUGCGGUGGUCAGAACAGGUGGACGCGGCUGCAUUGUGCACUGGCCGGGUGGAUGAAUUCACUGGACCAGUACUGUGAUGAAGAACUCUUGGUCAUUACCUUAUGGUACGAGUGCUGCAAGCUGUGGGGGAAUAAGAGAUUCGACUGCUUCACGCAGGCAGCGCCCUCUCGGAGCUACAUACCCUGAUCCCCGGACACUGACUUCCUUCCCGGAUAGAACAUCCAGCUCCUUCACCAGUUGCUUUCAGAUGCAUUUGUUUCCUGCUUUCUUUUCUGUGAAUUGGAUCUCUUGAAUUGAAUUGGAUUUGAAUUGAAUUUCCAUUUUGUCCCUUGAAUUUGAAUUGAAUUGUGUGGAUUGAAUUGAAUUCCCUUCUGUGAAUUGGAUCAUUUGGAUUUGAAUUGAAUUUCCAUCGUGUCCCUUGAAUUUGAAUUGUAUCCCUUGAAUUGAAUUGAAUUUAUGUUGAAUUGAAUUGUAUCAAAUGAAUUGAAUUGUGUGGAUUGAGUUGAAUUCCCUUCUGUGAAUCAGAUCCUUUGAAUUUUAUUGAAUUGCUAUUGUAUACCUUGAAUUUGCAUUGAAUUGUAUCCCUUGAAUUAAAUUUGGAUUUAAUGGAAUUUGAAUUUGAAUUGAAUUCAAUUUGAAUAGGAUUUGAAAUCAAUUGAAUUGGUCCCUUGAAUUGAAUUUCUUUCUGUGAUUUGGAUACCUCGUUCAAUCGUUUUUCUUUCAGACUAAUGUUUAACGCUAAUAAAAGUUGUUUAGCAAAGCAGCAA